AUGGACUCCUCGUAUACAAACAAUUUCUGCACAGAUCCAGACAUUUUGAAAGCAGCUUUACUGAGGUCCGAUAUCCGACUCGAAGGAAUGGUCUUUAUGACGUACCAUUCUGUGGGGUUCUUCCAGUGUCUACGGUAUUGCCUGAUCUCUUCGGAUUGUUUCUCUAUCAAUUUCCAAUCUGUGGACGGAUACUGUGAACUUAAUGUAGAAAAGGAUGACAUCUUCAAUGGGACGUUGGUUACUGAAUUUGGGUUUGGUUUAGUUAACAAAGAAGAUAUGCCAAAGGAACUAGCUGGACCGUGUAAAGAUGUUGAUUGUGGGUCACAAGCAGUUUGUGAACGAGACAUCAAUGGUAACCCUCAGUGCCAAUCGAGACCCAUACCAAAUAUUGCUUUCGGUCGUCCUACUCAACAGAGUUCACAUUUUGUAUCAAACUACCACUGUUGUCAAUCUAGUCAUGGUGUGGACGGUGUUACUGGAGGUUAUCUAGACAAUGCUUGUGCUGUUACUGAUUAUAAUGAUUUUAGUCCUUGGUGGGAAGUUCGUUUUAAUACCAUCUAUAAUGUUACUGGUAUAGAAAUAUACAGUGCCAAUGAUACGGAAGGUGUUGGAAUGCUUCAUGAUUUUGGUAUACUGGUAUCAAGGAGAGCACCAUUAAUCGAUGAAAACGCAUGUUGUAGAUUUGUUAAAGGAACAUUGCCUUUUGGAAGAUUUAAAAUUAAUUGUCUACGUCCAGUAAGUGGCGAUCGUCUACGUAUACACAUGCAGAAGACGCAGAUUCUUUUACUGUGCGAAGUAAAAGUGUUUACCGUUGAAGGUUAUGAAAGUUACAAUUCAGCUUCUGCACCUACUUCUUGUUUAAAAAGAUACGGAUUCGGCAUGUCGUCAGGUAAACCUGUAACUGCCAGUGGUAUAAUUUCUGGUGAUGUGACGUACUUAGUAGACGGCAAUAGAAACAUGUUAGAUAUCAAUGGUGCGCAGUGUGUCUCUGCUGCACCAACUAGUGGUUCUCGGUGGUUUGAGAUUGAUCUAGGGGCAAAGUAUCCAAUAGAGAGUGUAGUUGUGUACAAUAAAGAAAAAACAAAUGAUAUAGAUACAACGUUAACCAAUUUAACAAUAAGAUCUUAUGUUCUUACGCCAACAUAUUCCAUCACGACCUGUGCUACAUAUGAAGAAAAUUUUGGUUCUACGAGUAGAAUAUUUGAGUGUGAACCAGUUGUUGAGGGACGAUACGUACUAAUUACCUCUACUGGCCCUAAUCUUCAUUUAUGUGAAGUCGAAGUUACCAUUAUUUGA